AUGGACGCAGAGGAGAGGCGUGGCCGCUUCAUCUGGUCCUUGGGCCGCUGUCAGGAUGUGCUGCGGAGCCACAGCUCCUACCGGGUGCACGGGGGUUUGCCUUUCUCCUUUGACGCCGCGGAAAAGCCGCAGCCCAGCGGGCUGCGUUCGGCCAUCCCGCUGGUGGGAAUCCGCACGUUGCCCCUGGUUUUGGACCCACGGCAGGUGUCAGUGUUCCAUGUGGGCGAGCCCUCGGCCGUCAGCCCGUCCAACAAUCUCAUUUUGAGGAGGCCGAGGGCCCUCAAGGACCACGUGCGAAAUGGACACGUGGAGAAGAAUCUGGAAUGUUCUUUGGCCAUCCUGGACGCUGCUUUCUCGGCCGUGAUUCACGACAAGCUCCAGGUCCCCAACACCAUCCGGAAGGCAUGGAAUGACAAGGACAACCGCUGUGACAUUUGUGCCACACACCUGAACCAGCUGAAGCAGGAGGCCAUCCAGAUGGUGGUGACCUUGGAACAGGCAGCUGGCAGUGAACAUUACGAUGGCUCGCCUGGCUCGCCCCCAGCCCUCUCCAACAUGCCCACCCUGGUGGGGUCCCGGCACAUGGGUGGGCUGCAGCAGCCCAGAGAUUGGGCCUUUGUGCCUGCCUCCUACGCCUCCCCCAACUACACGGCUUUCGUCACCAACAAGCACAGCAGCAAACCCAACAGCCUCGGGGUCAGCAACGGGGCCGAGAAGAAGAGUGGGUCCCCAACCCACCAGGCCAAGGUCAGCCUUCAGAUGGCCACCAGUCCCAGCAAUGGGAACAUCCUCAACUCAGUGGCCAUUCAGGCUCACCAGUACCUGGAUGGCACCUGGUCCCUGUCGAGAACCAACGGGGUCACCCUGUACCCGUAUCAGAUCUCCCAGCUGAUGACGGAGACGGGCCGGGAGGGCCUCACCGAGGCAGCGCUGAAUCGCUACAAUGCAGACAAGCCUUCGGCCUGCGGCGUCCCGGCCUCACAGGGCUCCUGCGUGGCCAGCGAGACCUCCACAGGCACCUCGGUGGCCGCUUCCUUCUUCGCCAGGGCCGCCCAGAAGUUAAAUCUGUCUUCCAAAAAGAAGAAACACCGGCCUUCCACGUCUUCUGUGGCCGAGCCCCCGCUCUUUGCCACCAGCUUCAGUGGCAUCCUGCAGACCUGCCCUCCCCCGGCCCCGCCCUGUCUGCUGCGGGCCGUCAACAAGGUGAAGGACACGCCAGGCCUGGGCAAGGUAAAAGUCAUGCUUCGCAUCUGUUCCACGUUGGCCCGCGACACCUCCGAAUCCAGCUCAUUCUUAAAGGUGGACCCGCGGAAGAAGCAGAUCACCCUGUAUGACCCCCUGACCUGCGGAAGUCAAAACGUCUUCCAGAAGAGAGGCAACCAAGUUCCCCCUAAGAUGUUUGCCUUCGAUGCCGUGUUUCCUCAAGAUGCUUCUCAGGCCGAGGUGUGUGCUGCAACCGUGGCGGAGGUGAUCCAGUCUGUGGUCAACGGGGCGGACGGCUGCGUCUUCUGCUUCGGCCACGCCAAGCUGGGGAAAUCCUACACCAUGAUCGGAAAGGACGACUCCAUGCAGAACCUUGGCAUCAUCCCCUGUGCUAUCUCCUGGCUCUUCAAGCUGAUAAACGAACGCAAGGAAAAGACGGGAGCCCGCUUCUCGGUGCGGAUCUCAGCCGUGGAAGUGUGGGGCAAAGAGGAGAACCUGAAGGACCUGCUGUCUGAGGUGGCCACGGGCAGCCUGCAGGACGGCCAGUCCCCGGGCGUGUACCUGUGCGAGGACCCCAUCUGCGGCACGCAGCUGCAGAACCAGAGUGAGCUGCGGGCACCCACGGCAGAGAAGGCCGCCUUCUUCCUGGACGCUGCCAUCGCCUCCCGCCGCGGCAGCCAGCAGGACUGUGACGAAGAAGGCCACCGCAACUCGCACAUGCUCUUCACGCUGCACAUCUACCAGUACCGCAUGGAGAAGAGUGGGAAAGGAGGAAUGUCUGGAGGCCGCAGCCGCCUGCACCUCAUUGAUCUCGGCAGCUGUGUGAAAGCUCUUAGCAAGAAUCGGGAAGGAGGAUCAGGGCUAUGCCUCUCGCUGUCUGCGCUGGGCAAUGUCAUCCUGGCUCUUGUCAACGGCAGCAAACACAUCCCUUACAAAGAGAGCAAACUCACCAUGCUGCUGCGAGAGUCCCUGGGGAACGUGAACUGUCGCACCACCAUGAUCGCGCACAUCUCGGCGGCCGCCGGCAACUACGCAGAGACCCUGUCCACCAUCCAGAUCGCCUCGAGAGUCUUGAGGAUGAAGAAAAAGAAGACGAAGUACACGUCAAGCUCGUCCGGUGGGGAGAGCUCCUGCGAGGAAGGCAGGAUGCGAAGGCCCACCCAGCUGAGACCCUUCCACGCCAGGGCCGCGGGGGACCCGGACUUCCCCAUCCCCCCGCUGUCCAGCGACCCCGACUACUCCUCGAGCAGCGAGCAGUCCUGCGACACGGUCAUCUACAUCGGGCCCAACGGCACGGCCCUCUCCGACAAAGAGCUCACCGACAACGAGGGCCCCCCAGACUUUGUCCCCAUCGUGCCCGCCCUGCAGAAGGCACGGGGCGACGGCCGGCCCCCGGAGGCCGGAGGGGCUGCGGCCGGCAAGUCGGAAAGGGACUGUCUGAAGUGCAACACGUUUGCCGAGCUGCAGGAGAGGCUGGACUGUAUCGACGGCAGCGAGGAGCCCAGUCAGUUUCCUUUCGAAGAGCUGCCGGUCCAGUUUGGGGCCCAGCAAGCGGGCAAAGGUCCCCUGUUAAGCCAGGCGGCUGGGGCCAACCCACUCUGUGAGUCUGAGAAGGAAGAGGCCGGGUCCGACGGGCAGCUGACUGACAGAGAAGGCACCGACCCUCCCGCCUCCAAGAUGCAGAGGAAUCACUCGCCCGGCCCCACCCCGGCUCUGCCCGGCAGCCCCAGCCCUGCCUCGCCCAGGAGCAUCCCGGGCAGCGGCGGCGGCCAGCACGCUGCUUCCCAGCUCACGCAGAGCCCCAGCCUCCAGAGCAGCCGAGAAAGCCUGAACUCCUGUGGCUUCGUGGAAGGCAAGCCCAGGCCGAUGGGGUCCCCGCGCCUGGGCAUCGCCAGCCUGUCCAAGACCUCCGAGUACAAGCCGGCCAGCUCUCCCUCCCAGAGGUGCAAAGUCUACACCCAGAAGGGUGUCCUGCCCUCUCCUGCCCCCCUGCCUCCCUUGAGCAAGGACGCCUGCACGGCAUCCAGCGAGUCCCUGCUGCAGCCUGAGGUGCGAACCCCCCCAGUUGGAAUGAGCCCCCAGGUUCUGAAGAAGUCCAUGUCCGCUGGGAGCCAAGGGUUCCCCGAAAGCCCGGUCGAUGACGAGCACCAGGGGGCCACCUCUCCAGACCCCAAGAAGGAGGUCCUGAGCACCACGACGGUGACGGUGCAGCAGCCCCUGGAGCUGAACGGCGAGGACGAGCUGGUGUUCACGCUGGUGGAGGAGCUGACCAUCAGCGGCGUCCUGGACGGCGGCCGCCCCACCAGCAUCAUCAGCUUCAACAGCGACUGCUCCGUGCAGGCCCUGGCCUCGGGCUCCCGGCCCGUCAGCAUCAUCGGCAGCAUCAGCGAGGAUCUCGAGUGCUACUCCAGCGUGGCCCCCGUGUCCGAGGUCAGCAUCACGCAGUUCCUGCCCCUCCCAAAGCUGACCCUGGACGAGAAGGCCCGCGAGGCCGGGAGCCAACGUUCCUCCAUCAGCUCCUGGCUGAGCGAGGUGAGCGCCGGCAGCGAUGGCGAGCAGUCCUGCCACAGUUUCAUCGCCCAGACGUGCUUCGGGCACGGGGAGGCCAUGGCCGAUCCUCCGGCCUCGGAGCUGGGCGGCGGCAUCCAGAGCAGCCCCGUGGUGUGCCGGGAGAAGCCCGAGGCGGGCCCCGACGGUUUGCUCAUCCUGUCUGACGUGGGGGAGGACUCUUUCGACAAGGCGACCCCCAUCCAGGGCUGCAAGAUAUCCACGCUGGGCAAGGCCAUGGUCACCAUCUCCAACACAGCAGACCUGAGCAGCUGCGAAGGGUACAUCCCCAUGAAGACCAACAUCACAGUCUACCCCUGCAUUGCCGUGAGCCCCCGGCCCGUCCAAGGGCCCGAGGCGUCCAUCGCCCCCGGGGUGAGCUCAGCGCCCAGAGCAGCCCAGCCCCAGGACAGCCGGGAAACCGGUGCAAAGAUAGAGAUGAGAUUUGAGGACCCUUGGCUAAAACGGGAAGAGGAGGUAAAGAAAGAGAGCGCCUAUCCCGGUGAAGAAGGGGCCGGGCGUGAGGCCGCCACAGGCCCCCCCGCAAAGCCUGAGGCCAGAGCAGAGCAGGACAGGAAGGCCAGCCCUGGGGACAGGCUGAGCAGCAGCAGCGGUGAGGUGUCCGCUUCCCCCGGGAGCGACAACCUCAGGAGGGUUGCGGAUGGCUGUGAGAUGGCCCUGCCCGGUGUGGCCGCCCAGAGCCCCGUGCACCCCAACAGAGGCCUGAAGUCCAGCAGCCUUCCCAGGGCUUUCCAGAAGGCCAGCCGGCAGGAGGAGCCGGGCAGUCCGUUCUACCACUGCGCCGCGGAGACCAACGGGCUGGGCAGCGCCCAGGGCGCGUCACCCUGCAAGGCGGCCCUGGAGAGGAAGGCGGCGUCGCCCAAGCACUGUAUGCUGGCCCGGCCCAAAGGGACGCCCCCUCUGCCGCCGGUCCGCAAGUCCAGCCUGGACCAGAAGAACCGGGCCAGCCCCCAGCACAGCGCCUGCAGCAGCGGCACCAGCAGCCCGUCGCACCCCCCGGCGCCCCUCCUGGCCCCGUUCCCGGAUGAGGCCGGCGGCCAGGCCAAGGAGGCCAGCAGCAGCAGCCGGCUGUUCAGCGCCAAGCUGGAGCAGCUGGCCAGCAGGACCAACUCCCUCGGCAGGGCCACCGUCAGCCACUACGAGUGCCUGUCGCUGGAGAGGGCCGAGAGCCUGUGCUCGGGGAGCUGGCGGGCGCACGCGGGCAAGGACAGCACGAUGCCCCGCGCGGGGAGGAGCCCGGGCCGCGGGGGCGCCGGGGCCUCGCCCACCGCCCUGGGCCCGCUGCUCGCGCCGCCGCCGCCAUUGCCAGCCAGAUGGCGCUUCGGCGUCACAAGGCCGGCUUGGCACAAUGCAAGAUCUCGGCGGGGCGGCUGGCGGAAGCGCUACAAGGCCGUCACUGACAGAAGCUUGCCCGGCCCAGCCCUUCAUAGCAGCCUAUGGAGUGACGCCCGCGCCAUGCUGCCGACUGCAGCAGCAGUACUGGCGACACGCAGCUCCGUGGGCGGCCGCUGCCGCAGCCUCAAGGCCCCGAAGAAGCGCUCCAACUCAGGCCUCCAAGGGGCCACGGCCGCGUUAGGUGUCGCUGUGGGAACCCACUGCCAGACGUUGGCGCGCCGGGGGCAUCCAGCCCGUGGGCACCUGCUUGCGCGGCCCUCCGGAGUCCCCGAGACCCAGGCUUGUCUGCUGUGGGAGCGACGGUGCCGCCGCUCAGGGCUUUCGGAGGGGUCAGGUUCUCAGAGACGGAGGCUCAUCCCUGCGCUGUCCCUGGACACCCCUUCCCCCGUAAGAAAACCCGCCAGCAGCACCGGGGUCCGCUGGGUGGACGGCCCCUUGCGCAGCACCCAGAGGGGCCUCGGGGAACCUUUUGAGAUUAAAGUCUACGAAAUCGAUGACGUGGAACGACUACAGCGGCGACGAGGGGGCAAUGGCAAGGAGGUCACGUGCUUCAACGCAAAGCUGAAAAUUCUGGAGCAUCGCCAGCAGAGAAUCGCCGAGGUCCGAGCCAAGUAUGAGUGGCUGAUGAAGGAGCUGGAGGUCACCAAGCAGCACCUGAUGCUGGAUCCCAACAAGUGGCUCCGCGAAUUUGACUUGGAGCAGGUCUGGGAGCUGGAUUCCCUGGAGUACCUCGAGGCGCUGGAGUGCGUGACGGAGCGCCUGGAGAGCCGUGUCAACUUCUGCAAGGCCCACCUCAUGAUGGUCACCUGCUUCGACAUCACCUCCCGGCGCCGGUGA